UGCUGUUGCAAUAACUUGGAUUCUAGUGAACUAAGCAAAAUAAGGGCGCCACCAUAGAAGAGUACGGGGUGUACACCAUGCUGCCGGCGCAGCAGCUGGCGCCCAUCAGCCCAUGGCCCCCAGACGCCAUGCUAGACCGCAUGGAUGACCUGGCGCACAAAGGUCACAGCGGUGUUAACCAGCUCGGCGGGGUGUUUGUAGGAGGCAGACCGCUGCCUGACUCCACGAGGCAGAAGAUUGUGGAGUUGGCGCACUCGGGGGCGCGGCCGUGCGACAUUAGCAGGAUCCUGCAGGUCUCGAACGGCUGCGUGUCCAAGAUAUUAGGCAGGUACUACGAAACGGGGUCGAUUCGACCUCGGGCCAUCGGAGGCUCAAAGCCCCGUGUGGCCACAGCGGAAGUAGUCAGUAAGAUAGCCCAGUACAAGCGCGAAUGCCCUUCAAUCUUCGCCUGGGAGAUCAGGGACCGCCUGCUUAGCGAAGGAGUCUGCACUUCGGAUAAUAUUCCUAGCGUGUCCUCAAUCAACCGAGUACUCCGAAAUCUAGCAGCCCAAAAGGAGAAGUCCAGUAGCCAGCAAUCACCGACCGACUGUUCCACGCCGGUAUACGAGAGGUUACGACUACUGGGCACACCGGGGUCUGCGCCCGCGUGGCCGAGGACUCCGUGGCCGACGCAAAUAGACACACGGACACCACCCUACCAGCUGCACAGCUUAAGUCCUGGGCCACAAGCAAUUGCGUGCAACGGCACUGAACUACCGAUAUUAAAAAAGGGUGAGGAGCAGCUGGAAGGUUUGGAAGCUCUGCACUCGGACGAAACUGGUUCAGGAGACAACUCCAACGCUGGGUCCAGCGGCGCAGACGAAGACGCCGCAAGGAUGCGCCUCAAGAGAAAGCUUCAACGCAACCGGACCAGCUUUACCAACGAGCAGAUUGACAGCCUCGAGAGAGAAUUCGAAAGAACCCAUUAUCCAGACGUAUUUGCCAGGGAGCGACUGGCCGCCAAAAUAGGUCUUCCCGAAGCUAGAAUACAGGUGUGGUUCUCGAAUCGGCGCGCGAAGUGGCGUCGCGAGGAGAAGAUCCGCAGCCAGCGCCGCAGCCCCGACUGCUACGGGAGCACGCAGGCUUCGCACGGGCACGGACAUGGGCACGGGCCGGCGCACGGGCAUGGGCCGUCGCACGGACAUGGGCACGCGCACGCACCGCCCUCGCUACCCGCACUGCCCGUGCCGCCGCACGCACAGCACGCACCGUACCAGCCGCCGCUCAAUGUUGACACCUACAGUCCGCUCACCCCUAUGGGCUACAGCGCCAGCGGGAUGGUGGGAGACACGGCGGUGUGCGAGAGUGGGGACUCGGAGCUGUGCAAGGGCGGCUUUUUGGGCUAUCCACGUUACGAGCUACCCUACCGCCAGCCGCAUCCUUACGGCAACCACGGCUACCAACACGAGCCGGCCUCGCCUCCACCGGAGCUGGGCGGUCUCCUGGGCGCAGGCGUUUCGGUCCCUCUAGCAGUUCCCGGACAGGACUCCCAGCAGUACUGGUCGCGUCUGCAGUGA